AUGCAGAACAUGACGUUCGCGGUGUCCACCAUGAGCCGGCUGGCUGCGACCCUCGCCGCCGUGCAGGAGCUCGUCAAGACUCCCGGCAGAGUCCUGGACGAGAUGCUGGCCGGCAGGCGCGUGCUCACCGACCACGAGAGGCUGAGGAGCAACAGGCACGAGGAGAGACCGGCCGUCGGCGCCUUCAGGGGCCACGUCGGCUGCAGCAGCUACAACCUGGCGAAGGAUAGAGGCGCGCAGUUCCUGGGGUUCUGCGCGGUGUGCCUGAGCGUGGGCGCUCUGAUUCCCGGGAGCGCGAAGCUCGGCCAGGGCAAGCGCCGAUACGCAUUCUGCGGCGGCGAGAUGGCGCGCCGGUUCAACGCGGACCCCCAGAGAUAUAUAAACGAGGCACUGGAGUACGCGAGGAGCAACCCUCAUAUGAUCUACCUCCUCGGCAUCAGCGAGGAUGUGGAGAGUGUGAAGGAAGUGGACGAGCUCGUCACCAAACACCUGCCGAGGACGAAGGUGUGCAACAAGGACAUACAAACUGACACGCAUCCACUUGAGAGCUACAUUGAGAAGAAUUACAGUUCGGACCUUUGGGAGUGGAAAAGGCGGGCCUGCCAGUGGGCGAGCAUAGUCAACUGUCGGACUCAUUCCACGCAAACCGAGCACAGCCACAUGCGCUCCGAAGUCCAAUGCCAGACGGUCCACCACCGGGACAAGGGGUUGCAGACCAAUAAGGAGUGCGGGGUGAACACCAUCCCCAGGAACACCUACCUGUGGGCCCUGAGGGGGCAGCUGGGUGACGGUCAACACGUUGUCAGUUUAGACGAGGCGCCCCAUUCGGAAUUGAGAAAAGCUGUACCCUUGAUCGCCUGCACUAAACAUUGCUGUAAGAACAUAGAAGCCAUUAGGGAGAAAAUCAGAGAGCUAGAGGAG